CUUGAGACAAUACACACAUCUUAUUUCAAUAAGCCAUAUGAAUAUGAUCGCAACAUAGUACAUCAAUAUAUAUUAAUUACAACAUAAAUACUUUUCUAAUAACCUGUGUUUCCUGUACUAAAAUGACCAUUUUCUUUACUCAAAACCAAUUAGCAAAUAAAUUAGUAAGUUGACUGAUCUACGCUUUUUGUAUAUACACGGUUGUAGUUAUUUAUCUUUUCAGAUGUGAGAUUCAUAAUCGGAUAGAACCAUACUUGACGAUAUCUUUUGAAGCUUUUUUCGGACUUGGACAUGAAUGACUCGAUUGACACCUGUGACACCAACCAAUACUUUCUUGCAUAUUUGUAAAUCUUCUAGAUUAAUCACUUGAAUAUAAUAUGCAUGUAAAACCUUUUUUUCUUUGGGGCUAUAUAACUCGAAAGUAAAAUAAUUAGAAUCACUGCUAGUUUCUUCAAAGAAACUUCCGAGCAGCGAAAAGACCAUAUGAUUGGACCAAGUCAUUAAACAUAACUACUAAUUAAUCUUUCAUUGAAAAAUACACAUCUAAUUUUAAAAUCUGAAAUAAUGAUGGACCAGCCUCCAUUAUGUGACGAUCAACUGGACCACAAAAAUUAAAAUACCAAUCACAAAGACUCUUCUAGUUCCAAAACUAUCCCUUCAACACCUUUUUAAUACAUCAUUUUCAUUAAUUCCACAACAACAAUUAUGGUGGACACGGGGGAGGAGCAACCGCCUAAUGUCUCCGCACACGACGGAGGAGAAAGCCUCCUCAAGAUCCGCAUUGACAGUAUGCAUAAGAAGCUAAAGGAGCCACCAAGAUUGCUCAGCUCAGCCGCUGGAAAACCAUCUUGCUCCAUCUUCCGAGUACCUCAGAGCAUGAUUGAUUGCAACGGUAGAUGCUACGAGCCGCGAGUGGUCUCCAUAGGACCGUACCACCGAGGCCACACACACCUCCAAAUGAUGGAAGAACAUAAAUGGCAUUAUCUAGAUGCUCUUCUCACUCGAACCCACCAAACAAAAUCCUUAACCCUAGAGGAUUACAUGAAGACCGUCAAAAGCGUUGAGGACGAGGCACGAGAGUGUUACUCCGAGAGAAUACACAUGAAGUCAGAUGAGUUCAACGAGAUGAUGGUUCUUGACGGUUGUUUCAUUCUUGAGCUGUUUCGUAAAGUUAGUCAACUUGUUCCUUUCCAGCAAGACGAUCCAAUCGUGGCCAUGGCUUGGGUGCUUCCUUUCUUCUACAGAGACUUUCUACGUAUCGAGAAUCAAAUCCCUUUCUUCGUUCUUGAAUCUUUGUUCCGUCUCACGAGAGGUGACGACGAGAAAGAGACCAACGCUUCUUUACCGUCUCUAGCGUUUGCGUUUUUCAACAACACCAUGCAUAGGACAAAACAAGAUCUCGCGAGGUUCAAAGACCUAGAAGCCAAACACCUCCUUGACCUAGUCCGGUCAAGCCUCCUCCCGGAGAGUGAGCUUCACGCGAGGUCAGUAACCAAUCCAGGGAAGAAGAAGGUACCGUCCAACAUCAUCCACAGCAUCUCGAAGCUCCGACGAGCUGGGAUCAAGAUCCGCGAGCUGAAAGAUGCGGAGAGCUUCAUCGUUGUGAGGUUCAGACACGGAGCGAUCGAGAUGCCGAGCAUCACCGUCGACGACUUCAUGAGCAGUUUCUUACAAAACUGCGUGGCGUACGAGCAGUGCCACGUGGCGUGCUCAAAGCAUUUCACGACGUACGCUACGUUACUAGACUGUUUGAUGAACACUUACAAAGACGUUGAGUAUCUAUGCGACCAAAACAUAAUAGAGAAUUAUUUUGGAACAGAAGCUGAGGUUGCUGGAUUCGUGAACAGUCUAGGCAGAGAUGUUGCGUUCGACAUGGCGGAGUGUUAUCUUAACGACUUGUUUAAAGAUGUGAAUGAGUAUUACAAGAGUAGUUGGCACGUGGAAUGGGCUAGUUUCAAGUACACUUACUUUAGUUCUCCUUGGUCUUUUGUCUCUGCUCUUGCUGCUUUUGUUCUUUUGAUCUUGUCUAUUGUUCAGACUAUCUUCACCAUCUUCCAGGCUUAUCAAAGAUAAAUUUCGUUUCAUUUA